AAGACACUGUGAUUCCCUGCUUGAAUCAACCAGUUACAUGCUCCGAGGUUUUAAGUACCUAGUACCUCAGAAUAAUGAGAAUAAUUUAGGAUUGCAUGCUCACACAGACGUGACAUACUUCACCAUACUGCAUCAGAAUAAUGUGAAAGGUUUGCAAGUCAAACUGAAAAGUGGUGAAUGGAUUGAUGUUGAUCCCUCACCCUGCAAGUUUCUGUUCCUGGCUGGUGAUGCAUUAAAGAUUUGGAGUAAUGACAGAAUACAGUCUUGCCAGCACCAAAUCAUCGUAAAGGAGAAGAAGAAAAGGUUGUCCGUGGGAUUAUUUUCAUUUAAUAAUAAGAAAGUCCAGACACAAGAAGAGCUAGUUGAUGAGGACCAUCCAAUACGAUAUAAAUCAUUUGACCAUUAUGAAUACAUAACAUUUCGUAAAAAUUUUCCAUCACAAAUUUCCAGUUUUCUUCUGCUGCAUGAUGGAAGAAUGACCUUGAAUGGAAAGGACAAGGAUAAAUAAUGAUGAAGUCUCUCUCUCUCUCUCAUGUUUCCUUAUAACUCUUCUCACCAGUUCUGUACCCUCUCCUUCUGUUAGUUUCUUCUUCUUUCUGUUGGCCUCCUGUUAUCUUCAAACAUUUUCCUCCCAAUGAUUGUAAUAUAUUUUUACUUUUGAGUGCUG